CCUCCACCAACACCAAUCAUAGGGCUUCACUGUAAACGCAGUUAUUGGGGCUUCAUAUCUGGACAUUUUAACUGAUCCCGAAUGCCCGAACGAAGAUAAAAAGCAUCACAAGCAUAUAACUUAAAGGAUGGCCUCUCCCCAGCCUGGCAGCCCACCACCUACAGAGCAAGACACCCCCCUUGCUGAACCGAGUGAGGAGAGCAAAGAGCUGGAGGUAGAGGUGCCCCCUGUAAAAAAGAGAGGCAAAGGCAGACCUCCAAAGAAAUCCAAGCAUUCUUUCAAAUGCUCUGCCUGCCAGGAGGCUUUCAGUAGCCCCUUGGCUCUCCGGAGCCAUAAGCUGUCUGCCCACAGUAAGGAGCAGCAGGAGCAAAAACAGCACCCAUGCUCUCAGUGCAGCAAAACGUUCCCCAGCAGAGCCCAGCUCUCCAAGCAUCAGCGCUCUCACUCUGCUCAGCGCCCCUUUCAGUGCGAUCAGUGUCACAAGGCUUACAAGACCCCAACGGAGCUACGCAACCACAGCCGCUCCCAUACAGGGGAGAAGCCUUUUGUCUGCACCGAAUGCGGCAAGACCUUCAUGCAGGCCAUAUGCCUGCGUAUUCACAUGACGCAGCACAGCGGCGAGCGGCCAUAUUCCUGCCCCCAUUGCUCCAAGAGCUACCCCACUCUGUCCAAGCUGAAGGUGCACCUGCGCUCUCACACGGGGGAGAAGCCCUAUUUUUGUGCCGAGUGCGGGAAGAGCUUUGCCGACCCCUCUGUUUACCGGAAGCACAGGCGCAACCACCAGGGCCAUCGGCCCUACUCCUGUGAUAAGUGUGGGAAGACGUACACUGAGCUGAAAGACCUGAAGAACCAUGAACGGUCUCACACAGGAGAGAAGCCCUACCUGUGUUCAGACUGCGGCAAGGCUUUCUCCCGUUCCUCCUCCCUGGCUUGUCACCUCCGCAUUCACUCCCAGAGCAAACCCUACCAGUGUGAGCAGUGUGGCAAAGGCUUCACUCAGCUCUCCUCCUAUCAGUCUCACCUGCGCACUCACUCGGGUGAGAAGCCAUUCCUCUGCCCGCAGUGUGGGAAGAUGUUUUCAGACCCCUCCAGUUUCCGCCGGCACCAGAGGGCCCAUUCAGGGUUCAAGCCCUACCCCUGUGACAAGUGUGCCAAGAGAUUCCGGCAGCCUGCCGACCUGGCCGUGCAUCAGCGGGUGCACUCCGGGCAGCGGCCCUACAAGUGUCAGAGCUGCGACAAGGCGUUUGUGGCGUCCUGGGACCUGCGGCGUCACAUGCUGGUGCACACAGGGCUGCGGCCCUUCUCCUGCACGGAGUGCGGCAAGUCCUUUGCCGAGCGCUCCAGUCUCAACAAGCACCGCAGGGUGCACUCCGGCGAGCGCCCAUUCAAAUGUGACCUGUGCUUCAAGUCGUUCGUGGUCUCCUCCAGCCUACGGAAGCACGAGCGCACUCACCUGGCUGAGAGGCCUGCGCUGCUACCGCAGCAGGCGGUACCUGAGACAGUUGCAGCAGUCUUCCUCGCUCACACCUCCCUCCCCCAGUUCUCCUGUUCACACUGUGACGUCACCUUUGGGACCUGGGAGGAGGUUCAGGCCCAUGAGGCUCUUCACACCGUCUCCCCUCUUUCCACCACCGUGGCCCCCCUGCCCAUGGGCCCACACGUAUGCGCCACCUGCCGGGAGGAGUUUGUACUGCUGUCUGACCUGCAAGCCCACGAGAAGAUGCACCCCAAACCGCGACCCCACGUCUGCGACAGCUGCGGCAAAGGUUUCCUCAACAAAGCUGGGUUGCGGAAACACCAGCGGAUCCACUCGACCAACCGCAACCACGUCUGCCCCCACUGCAGCAAAGCUUUUCUGUUUGCCGCCUAUCUCCGCAAGCACUUACGCACCCACCGCGACCCUCUGCCCACCUUCCCCCUCUCUGACACACACAUUGCACACACAGAGCCUCUUCCCUCGCCACCUCCACCCAUUGAAGUUUCCUCGUCUACUCUUGAACCUGGUGCAAUUUGUCUGACUAUACCGGUGACGAUUCCAGUGACUGUUCCUGUGACCUUUCAGACCACGCCCAUGUAUAUCGAUAAGGAAGGCCGACUCUGAAAAGACCAUAACUGUUUGUGUUGAAUGAAUUAUGACUCAACAGCCAGAUGCCUUGAAUAUUUUGAACAAUAGUAUGGUUAAAAAAUGGCUUAAUUCCCAUCCUUGAACAAAGGUUAUUGAUAGCCUAUUGAUAACAAUUUGAAAUAAUGAGACUUUUCACUUUAAAUUGCCCUCAACUGUUUUGUGUGUAGGAUGACAUGUAUUUGGGAUUUAAAAUGUGUUAUUUAUGCUAUAUAAUGUACAUUAUGUUUUAUACUAUACGAACCUGACAUCUGUCAUCAACUUAUUUCAAAUUUCAUUAUCAUGAUUUGUUCAUAAGAAUGUAUUGUUUUGUGUCAUAGGCUAUACACUGAGUACACCAAAUAUUAGGAACACCUUCCUAAUAUUGAGUUGCAC